AUGGCACGGACAAAAGUACCAAGCAUUAGAGAUUCACAACAACCGAUUCAACGACGGUUGAUUAUUCACGAAUCUAGUCUGGAGUCGUGCUCGAAAUCGUCGGAUUCUAGUGUGCCACCAACACCUCCAGCAAACACAACAAUGACUCAAUCUAAUAAUGAGGUACAUAAUGAAGAAGAGUCAGUGACAUGUUCUAAGAAACAAUCAGAAUCACAUGUUGAUGAACAAUCAAAUUCUUCCUCUGUGCCACGACAGAAUACACUUCCAAUCGAAAAGAUUCCUCGAUUGAAGCCUAUAUUAGAGGAGAAUGAACACUUUGAGUGCAAGAUAGGUGUAAAAAGUAAAGUAGAUGAUGUCACAAAACUUAUCAAUGAUGUACUAAAGAAUGACCCGACCAACUUAAAAUUGUUCAAGGAAUCUACACUCGGCCACUUUCUUGAACUUAAGAACUAUGAACAUUCAAAUCAAGUGAUGUGGUUAUUACUCAUUCAAGAAGCCGACUAUGAUAGAGAAUCAGAGAUGUGGUUUGUUGUUAAUGAGGUACCGAUCUGA